ACUCUGUCAUUCAUUAUUUUUUUAUUCCCUCUUAGAGGUUUUACAUCUAAGCUUCAUCUUCUAAAACCCUGCAAGUCUCCAAGUUCUCAGCUGCCAAAACAAGUUUUUAUAGUUAUGGAAAAAGAUGCAUCUUUCUUGUUUGGUGGCAUCUCUUUCAACCGUAAAAAGUUUUCCAAAGAUUUUGACAGAUUUAAGGGGAAAAAUACAGCUGAUGCAGCUGAGAAACUGCAAUUGAUUGAGAAGGAGCAUGAAACUAUUGAUAAUUCAUUAGAGAAACUGGAGUUCAUCGAGAAUGGAAAAUCUGAAAUGGAGGACGAGACAAAUAAAAGUGUGGGUAAGAAGAGGAAGAGGAAGGAGAAAGGAACAGUUUCUGACUCAGUGGAGGGAUUUGCCGUCUUCAAGAGUUCAAAAUUGAAAAAGGAAGCUGCCAUUGAAGAGAAUGGCCAAUCUGUAAAUGAACUGGUUGAGGGAAAGAAAGAAUAUUAUCGACAAUUGGAGAGGGACGCAAUUUUCCGGAAGAUGCACAACAUUCAUGUUUCGGGGAGUAAUGUCCCUUCGCCAUUACACAGUUUUGAGGAAUUAAGAUCAAGAUAUAAAUGUCGAUCAUAUCUAUUACGAAAUCUGGCAGAACUGGGAUUUAAAGAACCAACGCCAAUCCAAAGGCAGGCUAUUCCAGUCCUCUUAUCUGGACGGGAAUGCUUUGCUUCUGCACCUACUGGUUCUGGAAAAACAUUUGCUUUUGUCUUUCCUAUACUUACGAAACUCAAGCAUACUUCAAAGGAUGGUGUCCGAGCUGUAAUUCUUUCCCCUACAAGAGAGUUAGCUUCUCAGACAACAAGAGAAUGCAGAAAGUUGGCCAAAGGGAAGAAGUUCUACAUCAGGUUGAUGACUAAACAGCUCGCGAAAAGUGGGGACUUUUCUAAACUGCGAUGUGAUGUACUCAUCUCGACACCAUUGCGCUUAAAGUUUGCUACCCGCAAAGGAAAGCUUGAUUUAAGUAGGGUUGAAUUUCUUGUCUUAGAUGAAUCUGAUAAGCUUUUCGAGCCUGGCAUGCUAGAGCAGGUUGAUUUUGUGGUAAAGGCAUGCACAAAUCCUUCAAUUCUUCGGUCAUUGUUCAGUGCUACUUUACCUGACAUAGUUGAAGAACGAGCACGCACAAUUAUGCAUGAUGCUGUUCGAGUUAUUAUUGGUAGGAAAAAUUCGGCUUCUGAAACAAUAAAGCAAAAAUUGGUAUAUGUAGGGAGUGAAGAAGGGAAACUUCUGGCUCUUCGUCAAAGCUUUGCAGAGAGUUUGAACCCACCAGUGCUAUUAUUCGUUCAAAACAAGGAGCGCGCAAAGGAGCUAUAUGACGAGCUAAAAUUGGAAGAUAUUCGACCCGAUGUUAUCCAUUCAGAUCUAUCUCAGAUACAGAGAGAAAACGCCGUUGAUUACUUUAGAGCUGGAAAAACAUGGGUUUUAAUUGCCACUGAUGUUGUUGCCCGGGGAAUGGAUUUCAAAGGCGUCAACUGCGUGAUAAACUAUGAUUUCCCAGACUCCGCUGCAGCAUACAUUCACAGAAUUGGACGAUCUGGCAGAGCAGGAAGGAGUGGGGAGGCGAUAACACUUUAUACGGAAGCAGAUAUUCCGUUUUUGAGGAACAUAGCAAAUGUUAUUACUUCAUCUGGUGGUGAGGUUCCAGAGUGGAUCAUGUCCCUGACCAAGAAAAAGUGGAGGAAACACAGGCCGCGAAGAGAAACCAUUUCAACUCAGCCAGACAUAUGAAACACAGGCUUCCAGUUUUGAGCAUUAUAUCAAGUUUUUAACCAUUUUACAAUUUUGAUGUAUGAUUCUUUUUGUAAUUUAUGUUAUGUAUGAAUUUGGAAUGGUCUUUCUUGUGACAUCUUCACUUAAAUACUAGAGAAAUGAAUGCUGUCUUUUUUGACUUAAAA